AUGAAGACUUUUGCAACAGCUGUAUGCCUCGUGGUCUCUGCUACCUCUGUGGUAGGACACUCCACUUUCCAGCAACUUUGGGUUGGGAGCGUCGACAAAGCUGGAACUUGUGCGCGUACAGUACCGAACAACAAUCCUGUCACAUCAGUCUCUUCCACGGAUAUAAGAUGUAAUGUUGGCGGAACCAAGGGUGUGAGCGGGAUUUGCCCAGUCAAUGCCGGUGACAGUGUCACUGUUGAGAUGCAUGCCCAGCCAGGCGACCGCUCCUGCAAGAACGAAGCUAUCGGUGGCAACCACUUCGGCCCCGUCAUCAUAUAUAUGUCCAAGGUUGCCAAUUCCCAAACAGACACAGGUGCAGGAUCAUGGUUCAAAGUCGAUGAAGAAGGAUACGACACAACGACGAAGAAAUGGGGCACGGACUCAUUGAACGCCAACUGCGGCAAGAGAUCAUUUAAGGUUCCUUCGAAUCUCGCACCUGGAGAUUAUUUACUUAGGGCCGAGGCAAUUGCUCUUCAUGCAGCUUCUAGCUCUGGAGGUGCUCAGUUCUAUAUGACCUGCUUCCAACUCACGGUCAGUGGAACAGGAACUGCCACGCCGGCUGGUGUCAGCUUUCCAGGAGCAUACAAAGCUUCGGAUCCUGGAAUCUUGAUCAACAUCUACCAACCAAUCUCUAACUAUGUCAUUCCUGGUCCUGCAGUAUACAAAGGAUAA